UUUUGCACGUGAUGCAUGAAUCAUUCACAGAUUUAACAAUGCAUGCAUCCGCCGAUAUGUGUUUGCACAUAGUUUACUCAUUUAUAAAACUACGAAUUAAUUUCCAAGUAAAACACACCUUCAAAAGUUAAAUUAAUUUCAAGGACAAAAAUAAUUUCGUUAAUUGGUUAAUGCAAUUAAACAACAGGACUUUGUUUCAUUUGUUUGUCAAAUUUGGAACUUUUAUAUCCUACCAUGACGUUUAAAAAAUAUAUAUAUAUAUCAAAUAUAUAUUAAAUUUUUAAUAAAAUAAUACUUACUGCUUAUUUCGAUCGCCUGCAUUUUUCCUGAAACUUGCUUAUUUUUUCUCUCUAACCAAUACGUAUUGUAAAUUGCGCUAUUAUACCUCGUCACGCUUCGUUGAUAAAUACUCGCGCCAGACGCAUGCGUUUUGUGAAUCGAUUAUUUUGUUUGGUACCAGAUGUUACCAGUCUCUGACGAUGGCAGAUUGCCACGUGACUAAGGAGUACCAUUUCUCGUAAUCACGAGAAGGCACGUGUACGCGACAGUACCAGGAUAAAAGCGUUACCUGCAUUCUGUGGUGCUUAAAGGAUUGGUGGCGAGGGAUGUACCUGGAAAGUGCAUUAAAAUAGUCAUAGAUUUAUAUUAAGAAUACCUGUUGUUCCAAAAUCCAUUUAUAUCAAUGUGAAAGAAACUGAAAAUUCCUAACACCGUUUAUAGCAAUAUAUACAAGGAUACUUUUCGGAAAUUUUAAUCAAUGUCAAGACAAGACAUAGUAUUAUCACGAUCCAUCGUCCAUGGCAGCUGGAAAGCCAACCACGAGCAAGGAAGCUAUACGACGAUGGGAGGAGGAAAAUGGGCAAAGUGCAGUUACGGCGACAGAAAUAAUAUUAAGCUUCCAAUGGCCACCAAUAGAAAAAAUGGAUAAUGCAUUAGCGACUUUGGUCAAUUGUGAAAAGCUCUCUCUGUCGACGAACAUGAUUGAAAAAAUUGCAGGCAUUGGAACUCUAAAAAAUUUAAAGGUUCUCUCAUUAGGUCGUAAUGUAAUCAAAGGCUUUGCCGGUCUUGAACCUUUAGGCGACACUCUGGAGGAGCUUUGGAUCUCCUAUAAUUGUAUUGAAAAAUUGAAAGGCAUUCAAGCGAUGAAAAAUCUGCGUGUACUCUACAUGUCCAAUAAUUUAAUACGAGAAUGGAAUGAAUUUGCAAGAUUACAGGAACUCCCAAAUCUUUGGGAUUUGGUUUUCGUUGGCAAUCCACUAUAUGAAAAUUUAGAGGUAGAGCAAUGGAGAAUCGAAGUGGCACGACGUUUACCAAAUUUGGAGAAACUCGAUGGCGAACCUAUAAUACGGACGGAAGAAAAUCCAGUUAUGAUUCAAUCAACCAAAUAUGAUAACCUGCCGCUUGAUGAAUUAGAGCAAGAACAUACUUAAUUCUUUGACAGUAUUGACCCUGUAUUUACAUUAUAUUUGAUUUAAAACUUGAUAUAUAUAUACUUUCAUAAUGAGAACAAUAUGUAAAACAUUGUCAUAAUUAUUUGUUAGAUCUGUAUUUAAAUUAUUAAAUUAUUUUUGUAAAUUAAAAAUAGCCUUUUUCCUAACAUAAAAGUUUUCUAAUCAUGUAAUCUAAUAGAUAUUUCCAAAUCAAGUAAAAAAUAAAUCAAAUAUAAUAACCAAAA